GCCAUGUCGCUGAGCCCCAAGCACACGACGCCCUUCUCGGUCACCGACAUCCUCAGCCCGAUGGAGGAGAGCUACAAGAAGUUCGGCGGCAUGGACGGGGCGGGCGGGCUGGGCGCGCCCCUCGGGCCGUACCGCCAGGCGUCCGUGCCUCCCGCCGCCGCCGUGCCGCAGCACGUCCCCGCGGGCACGGCCGCCUAUCACAUGCCCCACGGCGUUUCGCAGUUCCCGCACGGAGCCGUCGGGGGCUACUGCAACGGCGGGCUGGGCAACGUGGGCGAGCUGCCCGCCUACCCCGAGGGGAUGCGGGGCGGCGCGGCGGCGGGCGGCGGCUGGUACGGGCCCGGCGGCGACCCCCGCUACUCCAGCAUCUCCAGGUUCAUGGGCCCGUCGGCGGGGAUGAACGUGGCCGGCAUGGGCGGCCUGAGCGGCAUCGCCGAGGGCGCCAAGGCCAUCGUGCCGCUGCAUGCGGCGCCGCGGAGGAAGAGGAGGGUGCUCUUCUCCCAGGCGCAGGUCUACGAGCUGGAGCGGCGCUUCAAGCAGCAGAAGUACCUGUCGGCGCCGGAGCGGGAGCACCUGGCCAGCCUGAUCCACCUGACCCCCACGCAGGUGAAGAUCUGGUUCCAGAACCACCGCUACAAGAUGAAGCGCCAGGCCAAGGACAAGGCGGCCGCCCAGCAGUUGCACCCCGGCGGCGGCGGCGGCGGCGGUGGCAGCGGAGGCCUGUGCCAGCAGCCCUCGCCGCGCCGCGUGGCCGUGCCGGUGCUGGUGAAGGACGGCAAACCCUGCCCGCCGCCGGGCAACGCAACCCCGGGCCCCGGGCCGGCCGCCCCCGCGGCCCCCGCCGCCGCCGCGCCCGCCGCGCACCCGCACCCCGGCUCGCUGGGGCAGGCGGCCGACCUGGAAGAGCUGUCGCCCAGCCCGCCGGCGCUGCACGGCCCCGUGGCUCCCCUGGCCCCCCUGGACUCGGCCAGCGUCGACUACAACGGCGGCAUGGUCAGCCCCAACCUGCUCUACGGCAGGACGUGGUAA